AUGAUGGCAGGGUUGUGGUCUAUGACUUCAGACCCAGCCAGAUGGCCUUCGAUGAGCUGCCACUGCAAGGCCCUGGAGGGCUCCCUUGUUCCGAAGAUGCAAAGCAGCCUGCAGAAGCACCUGCGCGUCAGCGUGGGUCCUCGACGGCUUCACCGUCCUGUUGCUAAACUACUUGUGACUAAUCACUGUUGCUGUUUGGCUUCAGUAGUCGUCUCUUCGAAGCAUGCCUUCGUUAAGGCUAAGGCUUCCCUUCUGGCUCGUUUGUGGCAUGGCCACACGAUUGCUCGUCUCGUGUCAGACUCUGUGUUUUACAGACACGGACACCACCGCAGUGCUCUAACAGAUGUGCCAGCAUUGAAUGCCCGACCUGAUCCUUCGCACGCGCACUGA